UUUUGAUAUCUCAUUCUUAUCUCAAAAAAGGGAGCGAAAAUUUUGAGUUUCCCUCUUAGAAAGAAGUACGCACAUACAAAUCCAAUCCCCCUCUCAAACCUCCAUUUCCACUUCCUCUCACAAAUUCACAAUGAAAUUCAAAGCAUUCCUCACCGAAACCGGCGUAAACCUCCUCGAAAAACGCUUCAUCCCCUCCCUAGAAAAAACCUCCAAAACCUGCCACCUCUACUUCACCAAAACCCACACCCUCUUCCUCCACAACCUCCUCAACGGCGACGGAAUCCAAUCCAUCGCCCAGUUCACCAACCAAAUCCUCUUCGACGAUUACCGAAUCUCAAGCCAAAACGACGACCGCAUCGCCUUCCUAAUCGAUCUUUCCCUCCUCCUCCGCGCGCUUCGCAGCUCCGUCGCUAUAUGUUCCGAAUACUCCGCCGCUGUUCCCAAUCGUCUUCAGAUCAAACUUGUUAAGAAAGUUUCUCCGAACUCUAACAUUGCCGCGCCUUUUCUUACAUUUGAAACGCGCGGGUUUAAGUCUGCUGUUGUUCAGGAUAUUCCGAUCUCGAAACCGUUGUCUCGGGCUCAGGUUGUUGAGCUUCAGAAUGCGCUUGACAUGGCUCAGGAUAUUCCUCAAACGCUUAUUCAGGUGCCUGAUUUGAAUCAGUUGCUUAACUUAGUGGAUCGAAUGAAAAACGUGGGAGAUACGGUGGAUGUGUCGAUAAGUAAGUACGGGGAUUUAAGCGUACAGGUUUCAACCACAUUGAUCAGCCUUGGAGCUGAGUUUCGAAAGCUGUUGGUAAUCGGAGAGCAAGCGAAUGCUCCAGCAGAGGAUCAAAAUCUGAGUGCUCAGACUAGAUCAUCAAGGUCGAUUUCAAGAGGUGAUGCUCAAUCAGUGCAGGUGAGCGUGAAGCACUUCGCCAAGAGUCUUCAGUGUCACUUGGCUAAACCGGAUUGUGCUUUCUACGGGAUUGCUCCCCUGGGAAGUUGUUUGACGGUGAUAUUCCAAUUCUUCAUCCCUGGUACCCGUCAGACCGAUAAAUCAAUCAGCUAUCAUUGCAGGCUUCCUGUUCUUGACACUGGCGCUGCUUAAAAUUCAACACAUUCGGUUUUUAUGAGCUUAGAAGUUCAUUUGGAUGUCAAGUUUAUAACUUGUAUGACUUAGCAAAUGCUAUGGCAAUAUAACUUGCCUUUUCUUCUCUUUAUUGUAUAUAUCAACAACUAUUUUAAGAGUCACUUUAGGCCUUGA